GUCCUACUGUGAUUCAGCAGAUAGAUACAGAUGACUCAGAAAUGCUGUUAUCUCAGAAUGCAGACAGUAAAAUACAGAAGAAAAAAAUGAAUUGGGUUUCAGGCUCAUCUAAUGACAUGCAGACUAAAAAACCAGCAACAUCAGACGUUUUUCCUUUUAUGGAUCACUGGAAUGCUCAGAUUCAGAAAGUUUCUCUCAGACAAAUAAUUUCCGAAGAAAUAGCUAUGCAGGAGAAACAGGACUUGAAUCGUGUUCCUUCUAUGGCUAGAAAAGACUGUGCCGCUAAACUAAAGGAGAAGCAACUGUUUGAGAUGUUUCCAACUAUUAAUCAAAAUUUCUUAAUGGAUGUCUUCAAGGACAACAACUACUCUUUAGAACAAACUGAACAGUUUCUGAACUGUGUUCUGGAGGCAGAUCCUGUAAAAACAGUUAUAGCUCAAGAAAGUGUUCAGCAAAAUGAAAUUGUUUCUUCCUACAGUGCUGCAAAGAACCGGGAGAAGAAGGCAAAAAAAAGUAAGGAAGAGGAUGAUCCUUUGAGUGAAGUAUUUCAAGAAUUUGAGUAUCCACAAUAUGACGAUUUAAGAGCAGAAGCUUUUUGUCACCAGCAAAAGAGACAGGAAUGUUUGAAAAAGGCUGGGGAGGCCUAUCGCAUGGGUAUGAAGCCUGUGGCAGCAUUUUAUGCACAUCAGGGUCGCCUUCAUGAGCAGAAGAUGAAAGAAGCCAACCAUGCUGCUGCUGUGCAAAUCUUUGAGAAAGUAAAUACUUCCUUGCUGCCUAUGAAUGUGUUGGAUCUGCAUGGUCUCCAUGUGGAUGAAGCUGUGAAUCAAUUGUCCAGAGUGUUGCAGGAAAAAAGUGAAGAGUACCAGCAGACUGGUGGUAAGCCCUAUCUCAGUGUUAUCACGGGAAGAGGAAGCCAUAGUCAGGGAGGAGUUGCUCGCAUUAGACCAGCAGCUAUCAGAUACCUCACAAGCCACAACUUCAG